AUGAAAGCAACUAGUGUUACAGAUAACACUAAUGUCCCAACUCAUUACCAAACUUCUUAUUCCUCUCCUUCUAUGGGAACUGUCUAUGCAAAUAUGGAUUCUCUAUCACUUAACUAUGCUUCUUCUUCUUCAUCUCAAGACUGCUAUGUCUCUAAGGAGGGUACUGCUACUAACUGGUCUUUACCACUUAUGAGAGAAUGUUAUCUUACAAGAAACUUUGAAGAAAACAACAAUAUUCAUGAUGUUGAGGAAAGCAAUGGUAAUGGUUCUGGUGAUGGAGUUGAAGAAAGCAGUGACAAAAUUGACCUUAAUGAAGACAUCAACACUAACGAGAAUAAUAGUGGACACUCUAUACUAUGUGCAAGAGGUCAUUGGAGACCUGCAGAAGAUUGUAAGCUCAAAGAACUUGUUGCUCUUUAUGGUCCUCAGAACUGGAACCUCAUUGCUGAAAAGCUACAAGGAAGAUCAGGUAAGAGUUGUAGGCUUAGAUGGUUCAACCAGUUAGAUCCAAGAAUAAACAGAAGAUCAUUUAGUGAAGAAGAGGAAGAAAGACUAAUGCAAACUCAUAGGAUUUAUGGAAACAAAUGGGCUAUGAUUGCAAGGCUUUUCCCAGGAAGAACUGAUAAUGCAGUUAAGAAUCACUGGCAUGUUAUAAUGGCCAGAAAGUAUAGAGAACAAUCAAGUGCUUACAGGAGAAGGAGGUUGGAUGAAUCAGUUUAUAGAAGAUUAGAAGAUAAUACAAACUUUGUCUCAAGAAGAGAUAUAGCCACAGGGAUGGAUCCAGUUUCAUCAUCCUGUUGUGCUAUUAACUUCCCAAAUGUUUAUAAUAUGACUAGUUUUUCAUAUCCAUCUUUUCACGGUGGUUUUAGAAAUGAGUGUUUUAGCCCAAUGAGUUUCUACCAUAAUCAUCCCCAACAUAUGAUGUCAAUGCAACAGCACCAACAAAACAAGAAUCACAAUAAUAGUAAUAUUUACAGUUUCUCAUCAAAUUCAACCACAUCAGCAACAAGAGCACAGUUAUUGAACAGUGAAGUUUCGCUAACAUCCGUGGCAGCAGAAGACAGAAAUGAAGUUCUGAUGAGAAAUCGCCCUCCAUCAGAUGCAAUACCAUUUAUUGAUUUCCUCGGAGUAGGAGCCACGUGA